GGGUCAGCUCCCAAUGGUACCUGGGUAAGGCCCAAGAUGGCUUCUCUCGCUUUCCAUGCCUUGUGAGUCCUCUCUGGGACUGUGCCCCAUGUCUUGUCUUUGAAAUCCACACCCGCUCCCCGUUUUUCCGGCUGGUUUGGUGUCCUGUCGAGGUGGACAGGCUAGAGUAAUGGCAGGGAGUCUCCCUUGGGCGGCAGGUAGGAGCCUAGGGGCUUGGAUGCCCUUGGCGUGCAGAAGCUUCUCUGUGGGUGUUCCACUGUUGUCCCGAGUAAGGGUUACUCUCCCACCUCCCAAAGUGGUUGAUCGCUGGAACGAGAAGAGGGCUCUGUUCGGCGUAUACGACAACAUCGGAAUUCUGGGGAAUUUCGAAAAGCACCCAAAAGAACUGAUAAAGGGCCCAGUAUGGCUUCGAGGCUGGAGAGGAAACGAAUUGCAGCGUUGUAUUCGAAAGAAGAGGAUGGUUGGAAGCAGAAUGUUCGCUGACGACCUGCACAAUCUCAACAAACGGAUCAGCUAUCUCUACAAACACUUUAACCGAAAAGGGAAGCACCGAUAGAACAGACAACGGGCAACUCUGGAGCAAAACAUUUGUCGCCCCGGAGAGGGGGACUAGGACUUACACCAGCCAGGAAAGAGCUUUGUGUGCUGUCUAUAAUAAAAUGGGGCUUCUUUGGAAAUCUGA